AUGGCGAAGAUCCUGCUCCAUGGCUCGCUUCAUGUCACCAUCUUCGAGGCGGAGGAGAUCUCCAACUCCAGCCGGCCCAGCAGCCAGGCGCCCGGCUUCCUCCGCAAAUGGGCGGAGCAGCUGGCGGAGACGAUCGAGGACACGGUGGGCGUGGGCAAGGGCAACAGCAAGAUCUACGCCACCAUCGGCCUGGACAAGGCCCGCGUGGGGCGCACCCGCACGCUCACCGACGAGACGGCCAGACCGCGCUGGUACGAGUCCUUCCACGUCUACUGCGCGCACCUCGCCUCCGACGUCGUCUUCACCAUCCGGGCCAAGAGCACCAUCGGCGCCUCCACCGUCGGCGUCGGCUACCUCCCCGUCCGCGACAUCUUCGGCGGCCAGGAGGUCGACCGCUGGCUGCCGCUCUGCGACGACGACGACAAGGACCGCAAGCCGCUCGAGGGCGGCUCCAAGGUCCACGUCAAGCUCCAGUACUUCGACAUCUCCAAGGACCACAGCUGGGGCCGCGGCGUCCGCAGCGGCAAGUACCCCGGCGUGCCCUACACCUUCUUCUCGCAGCGCCAGGGGUGCAAGGUCACGCUGUACCAGGACGCGCACGUCUCCGACGGCUUCGUCCCGAGGAUCCCGCUCGACGGCGGCAGGUGCUACGAGCCGCACCGGUGCUGGGAGGACAUCUUCGACGCCAUCAGCGGCGCCAAGCACCUCAUCUACAUCACCGGCUGGUCGGUGUACACCGAGAUCACGCUGGUCAGGGACGGCAGCCGGCCCAAGCCCGGCGGCGGCGUCACGCUCGGCGAGCUGCUCAAGAAGAAGGCCGGCGAGGGCGUCCGGGUGCUGAUGCUGGUCUGGGACGACCGCACCUCCGUCGGGGUGCUCAAGAAGGACGGCCUCAUGGCCACGCACGACGAGGAGACGAUGAACUACUUCCAGGGCACCGACGUGCACUGCGUGCUGUGCCCCCGGAACCCCGACGACUCCGGGAGCAUCGUGCAGGACCUGCAGAUCUCCACCAUGUUCACGCACCACCAGAAGAUCGUCGUCGUCGACCACGACAUGCCGGCGCCGGCGGCGGCCGGGCGGAAGAAGCGGAUCGUCAGCUUCGUGGGCGGGCUGGACCUCUGCGACGGCCGCUACGACACGCCGCUCCACUCGCUGUUCCGGACGCUGGACACGGUGCACCACGACGACUUCCACCAGCCCAACUUCGCGACGGCCGCCAUCGCCAAGGGCGGGCCCAGGGAGCCGUGGCACGACAUCCACUGCCGCCUCGAGGGCCCCGUGGCCUGGGACGUGCUCUACAACUUCGAGCAGCGCUGGCGCAAGCAGGGCGGCAAGGACAUCCUCAUCCAGCUCCGGGACCUCGCCGACAAGAUCAUCCCGCCGUCGCCCGUCACGUUCCCGGAGGACGGCGAGGCGUGGAACGUGCAGCUGUUCCGGUCCAUCGACGGCGGCGCCGCUUUCGGGUUCCCGGACACCCCUGACGACGCCACCAGGGCCGGGCUCGUCAGCGGCAAGGACCAGAUCAUCGACCGGAGCAUCCAGGACGCCUACAUCCACGCCAUCCGCCGCGCCAGGAGCUUCAUCUACAUCGAGAACCAGUACUUCCUGGGCAGCUCCUACUGCUGGAAGCCCGACGGCAUCAGGCCCGAGGACAUCGGCGCGCUGCACCUCAUCCCCAAGGAACUGUCCAUGAAGGUGGUGAGCAAGAUCGAGGCCGGCGAGCGGUUCGCGGUGUACGUCGUCGUGCCCAUGUGGCCGGAGGGCAUCCCGGAGAGCGGCUCCGUGCAGGCCAUCCUGGACUGGCAGAGGAGGACCAUGGAGAUGAUGUACACCGACAUCGCGCAGGCGAUCCAGGCAAAGGGGAUCGACGCCAACCCCAAGGACUACCUCACCUUCUUCUGCCUCGGCAACCGGGAGGCCAAGAAGCCCGGCGAGUACGUGCCCACGGAGGAGGCGGAGCCCGACACCGACUACAUCAAGGCCCAGCAGAACAGAAGGUUCAUGAUCUAUGUCCACACCAAGAUGAUGAUCGUGGAUGACGAGUACAUCAUCGUGGGGUCGGCGAACAUCAACCAGAGGUCCAUGGACGGCGCGCGGGACUCGGAGAUCGCCAUGGGCGCGUACCAGCCGCACCACCUGGCGGCGGCGAGCCGGCCGGCGAGGGGGCAGGUGCACGGGUUCCGGAUGUCGCUGUGGUACGAGCACCUGGGCGCGGUGGACGACGCCUUCACCCGGCCGGACAGCCUCGAGUGCGUGCGCAAGGUGAACGCCAUGGCGGACAGGUACUGGGACCUGUACGCCGGCGACGGGCCCGACCGCGACCUGCCGGGGCACCUGCUCACCUACCCCGUCGGGGUCGCCGCCGACGGCGCCGUCACGCAGCUGCCGGGGAUGGAGUUCUUCCCGGACACACAGGCGCGGGUGCUUGGCGCCAAGUCCGACUACCUCCCGCCCAUCCUCACCACAUAGGCGUCGGCGCUGAACUGCCCUGCUCAUCUAGUUACCUUAUUCUUUUGUUCGGCUUUGCUCUGGAGAUCUUGCUGAUUGUCUUUGUUGGAAUAAGAACGGCACUA